AUGGGCCAUGACCCUCCCGCCGGCCCAAUGUGCCUACCGAAACACGGAGGAGUUCGAGAUAGUAAAUUUUUGGUCACCCAUUCCGUAACCGACCCUUGCAAAAGUUGCUUAACAACAACGAUUUCGGACCGCGGCGCUUAUCCUUUACACUACCGAGCUACUAGGACGGAAGCCGACUACUUGGAAAUAAAGUGCUAUGAAUACACCAUGCGGCCACCAAGAGCCAACAAAGAUGGCACCAAAGACUUGAUAAAUAGAUUAAUUUUGAGCAUGCACUAUUAUUCUUUGGCCUUUAUCAUGAUAAUUAUUGGCCUUUAUUUUUAUCAUGAUAAAGACCAAAGAUAA